CUUCCUUUGUGUGGGCCCGGGAGCGAAGGAGGGGACGGACCCGGAGGGCCGCGGCGCAGUUCCCUCCUCCGGCAGGGGCCGAGGGGCUGCCGGCGCCCCGGGUAGGCCCGGAGCGUGGGGAGCCCACGGCGGAGAACUGCUGGGCGUUUUCCUCGCCCCUCCGCCUUCCUUUUUGCGCCUCUUUCUUCCCUCCCAGCCCCUACUUUGAUUUAGAGCUUUUCUGCCGGGCCCAUCCUCCCCUUCCGUCCCCUUCCCAGGGCACAACAAUGCCUCCUGCUUGGCCUCAUCCCCUCCCAACACCCCACCCUCCCGUUCGCCACCUUCUACUUUCCCCGGCUCGCCUUACUACCCCCGCCCUGGCUGGGCUGGCCUUGCCUCCUUCGGUGUUUGCAAGAAGCUGCCUUUUCACGUGAAUUGGGGUGAAAAGCCUGGGUUGCCGCCGGCCGGGUGCAAAUGGGGAAGAGGGAGGGGAAGGAGGGAGAUGGGGUUCAGCUGCCGCAGGGAACCGCGUGUUGGUUGGUUCACUCCCGCGGGUGGCGUUUCUCUCUCUUCCACCUUCACCUGCCCUCAGUCAAGGGUUUGUUUCACAGGGAUGCAGAAUGGCUUUUCUACAGUCAGGUCGCAGAUCUUGUUUGGGGUAGGUUCAGACCGAUUGUGCUGUUCCUGGGCCCACCGUAACGGGGAAGAGGUGGAAACCUAAACAACAAAAUGAAUCUAAGUCCCAGUGUCACCUGGACACGUACAUGUGAAGCAUUUCCCUACUGGGAAAACCCACUUGCAGAGGACAAAAAUUGUGGGACCUUAUUCAGAAAAACCCAUCUAUCCACUGAAAAGUAACCUGUGCCGAAAUCCCCAUAUUUCGGAAGCCCUGGUUGCUGGCUUGUCCAAAGGUCACACUUUCUGAUUAAUGCUUUUAUGGUAACCUGGAAUUCCUUGGUACUGUUAACGUUCUCCUACUUUUUUAAGUUAUAAUUUUGAAAAAUUGAGAAGAUAUUUGAGACACCCUGCCUUCCAUGUGUAUAUAACUUAAGCACUGUGACAGUGGUACUAUUUUGCUAACUCUAAAGGGAAAGAAUAUUAGCAAUAGAAGAAUUUCUUUUCCAAAAGUACUUAUCAACUAAUUUCUAUUAUAUAUACUUUUUAUUUGAUUCUUUUUUUUUUUACAAUUCAGUGUCAUUGUUACUGGGAAUGUCUUCUGCAAAGUGCCAAAAAGUGUUUAGGGGGUGGUACACAGCAAUACGACUUACUGACAUUCCCCCUUUUUUUAGAGUAAUGUUUGCUCUGUUCCGGUAAGUUUAUGUCUUCGUUUUCACUAAUGUAUUUGGUGUGAAGAAAGUUCUCAUAUCAGUGCACCUACUUCUUUACCAACAAAAUGAAUUGUUUUGUGUUUUCUUGCAAAUGAGCUUUAAGAAAUAGUAAACUUUCCUUUUCUUUUGUUUUAUUUUUUCACAACAGCAUCUGUUGACUUCAUCUGGCACUCUGUUUAACAUUCCACCUCUGGAGAUUGUAAGGGUAAAGAGACAUGGAGACUAGAAAACUGAUUUCUGCUACAGACAUUCAAUACUCUGGCAGUCUGCUGAACUCCUUGAAUGAGCAACGUGGCCAUGGACUCUUCUGCGAUGUCACUGUUAUUGUGGAAGACCGAAAAUUCCGAGCCCACAGGAACAUUCUUUCAGCUUCCAGUACUUAUUUCCAUCAGCUCUUCUCAGUUGCUGGGCAAGUUGUUGAACUGAGCUUUAUAAGAGCAGAGAUCUUUGCAGAAAUUCUCAAUUAUAUCUAUAGUUCUAAAAUUGUUCGUGUUAGAUCAGAUUUACUUGAUGAGUUAAUUAAAUCAGGGCAGUUAUUAGGAGUUAAAUUUAUAGCAGAGCUUGGUGUUCCAUUGUCACAGGUUAAAAGCAUCUCAGGUACAGCUCAAGAUGGUAAUGCAGAAACCUUACCUCCUGGUUCUAGUGACAAGAACCUUGAAAUACAAAAAUCAAAAGAUGAAGCCCAAGAUAAUGGGGCUACUAUAAUGCCUAUUAUAACAGAGUCUUUUUCCUUAUCUGCUGAAGAUUAUGAGACAAAAAAGAUCAUUGUUACCGAUUCAGAUGAUGAUGACGAUGACGUCAUUUUCUGCUCUGAGAUUCUGCCUGCAAAGGAGACUUUACCGAGUACCAAUGCAGUGGCACAGGUCCAGCCUAACCCAGGCUCUGUUGCUAUUUCAGAUAUUGCACCUUGUGCUAGCAAUAGCUCUCCCCCUUUAACAAAUAUCACACCUACUCAGAAACUUCCUACUUCUGUGAAUCAGGCAACUCUGAGCCAAACACAAGGAAGUGAAAAAGUGCUGGUAUCUUCGGCCCCGACACAUCUGACUCCCAAUAUUAUUUUGUUAAAUCAGACACCACUUACUACACCACCAAAUGUCAGUUCUUCACUUCCAAAUCAUAUGUCUCCUUCAAUCAAUUUACUUGUGCAGAAUCAGCAGCCACCAAACAGUGCUGUUUUAACAGGAAACAAGGCCAAUGAAGAGGAAGAGGAGGAAAUUAUAGAUGAUGAUGAUGACACUAUUAGCUCCAGUCCAGAUUCAGCGGUCAGUAAUACCUCUUUGGUCCCACAGGCUGAUAACCCCCCAAAUACCACUUUUGAUGGAUCAUUGAUACAGAAGAUGCAAAUUCCUACACUUCUGCAAGAGCCACUUAACAAUUCUUUAAAAAUUUCAGAUAUAAUUACUAGAAACACUAAUGAUCCAGGUUUAGGAUCAAAACAUCUAAUGGAGGGUCAGAAGAUCAUUACUUUAGAUACAGCUACUGAAAUCGAAGGCUUGUCGACGGGUUGCAAGGUUUAUGCAAAUAUCGGUGAAGAUACUUAUGAUAUAGUGAUCCCUGUCAAAGAUGACCCUGACGAAGGGGAGGCCAGACUUGAGAAUGAGCUACCAAAAACAUCUAGCAGUGAGACGGCAAAUAAACGUAUGAAAGUAAAACACGAUGAUCACUAUGAGUUAAUAGUAGAUGGAAGGGUCUAUUAUAUCUGUAUUGUAUGCAAAAGGUCCUAUGUCUGUCUGACAAGCUUGCGGAGACAUUUUAACAUUCAUUCUUGGGAGAAGAAGUAUCCUUGCCGUUACUGUGAGAAGGUAUUUCCUCUUGCAGAAUAUCGCACAAAGCAUGAAAUUCAUCACACAGGGGAGCGAAGGUAUCAAUGUUUGGCCUGUGGCAAAUCUUUCAUCAACUAUCAGUUCAUGUCUUCACACAUAAAGUCAGUUCAUAGUCAAGAUCCUUCUGGAGACUCGAAGCUUUAUCGUUUACAUCCGUGCAGGUCUUUACAGAUCAGACAAUAUGCAUACCUUUCUGAUAGGUCAGGCACUAUGCCUGUGAUGAAGGAUGAUGGUGUUGGGUAUAAGGUUGAUGCUGGGAAAGAACCUCCAGUAGGGACCACAUCUACUCCUCAGAACAAGCCAAUGACCUGGGAAGAUAUUUUUAUUCAGCAGGAAAAUGAUUCAAUUUUUAAACAGAAUGUAACAGAUGGCAGUACUGAGUUUGAAUUUAUAAUACCAGAAUCUUACUGAACUUUGAAAAAUCAGAAAGUUUUGGUUUGGAUUAAGGGGCAGGGCUUUCAGAAGACCUGUAAAACAAAUUAAUUUGAUCUGCCACGUCAUCUGAAGGUAGUCUAGUUGGAUUAUUUGUUAAUAAUUUUUAGGAACAAAUUAUUCUGGAAGUGUGAAUAGAGAUUAAGAAGUCCCCCUCCCCCAGUAUCUGUUUAUAUAGUUAGCUUUCAGCACAUUUAAAAGAGGCAAAAAAAAAAAGCUUGGAGAGAUAGUUUCCUGAAUAGAAUCUGAAGCAGUCUGAAUGUUCUUUGAAAAUAACUGGAGUUAUUAGCAUACCCUAGUAUGUCUUGCAACUUUCCCCUUCCGUGUUAGCACUUUACUGCUGAAUUCUCAAUUUUCUUAAUAUUGAGACUAUAAAUGUGUGUUGUGUUUUGUAUAUGGCAUAAAAAGGUAACAAGAACUUCUAAAGUUGUCCUGAAAAUUUUCAGAAUGAGUCUCUGCUUGGUUGUGUAUACUGCUAGUCCAAAUAGAUAGCAACCUCCUGCCUCCCGCCCCCCAUGAAAAUGGCCAUGCAGACAAGUGUCUCAUUUGAAGAAUGAAUUAGUUUUAUGUAAUGAGAAAUCUUACUUUUAUCGCCAUAGUCUGGAAAAGACUUUGGUGGCUGGACUACUGUAUAUACAGUAUAUAUAUAUAUUUUUGCAAUGUGGUUUCCAUGGGCAAAAAUACUAAGGGAAAACAACAAAUCUCCAUAAUGCAGAUAGGAGAUGAAAAGUUCUGUCGUGUUUGUUUGGAAUUCUGUGCUUUUAACGGGAUAGAGACAGAGCAUGGAAGUGAAUGGAGAUUUACUUUUUGCUCAGUAUGGUUAAAAAUAGUCCCAUGAAAUUUUUCGAAUUUUGAAUUUGAAAACCACCAAGUAAAUUUUUAUGUAUACAUCUUUAUAAGUGACAAAUUUCAUAAAUGAGACUCCUACAUAUUUUGGGCAGGAGGCUACUGGCAUAUAUUUUUAAAUGUUCAUAUUACUUAGAAUCUCUAAUAGGACUUUUUUUUUGAAAUAGUUGAAUCAGUGAUCUAGUAUUGUCCUUUCAGCAAGACCAUUUAGGUUUUUACCCCUUCUAAAAUAAGUUCCAUUCCAUCUGCAAAUUGCUGCAAUAUUAUAGCGAUCAGAAGCUGUCUUUGGAAGUUAAAUAGGCUUGUUGAUUUCCCAUUUUAUCUUGAGAACAAUAAAUACCAUUUUUCUCCCUUUUAAAAUGACACAUUUAAACACUUAGAAAAUAAAGUCAAAACUUAUUAAAGUGCUAGUAUUAAAAGGGAAGCAGGUUGGAACAAAUAUAUAGUCUAGCAUUUAUAACAGGAUUGACUUGUUGAACUUCUGUAAAUGACUUUUUGCAAAGGAAAAAAAUUAAUAGAUACUGAAAGAGAUUGUUGUGCAUAGUUAUUAGUCAUUUGUAACCUUGCUUAAGUAUUUCUUAAUUCAACAUAGAUAUUUUCUUUCUCCUUAACCAUGUAUUUUUGAAAAUAGUCUUAUUUCUUGACUUUGAACUUAAAGCUUUAAUCAUAAUUUCCCAUGUAUACAUCAUUCUUCUGAUAGUGAACUAGAUGUGAAGAUAAUGGUUUCAGUGUUUAAGAUGGUAUCUGAGGGUAUCCAGCAUCAGUAUUUGCAAUAAUACAAGGAGAAAGAAAAAUAUAACCGUUUGCAUACCGAGGAUGGGAAUGAUGUGCAGCUAUGUGUUCUCUGUUCUGUGAGUUGAGACCUUCAGACCAUUUUGUAAACUAAUCCUUGGAAAAUUUUAAAUUACCUUACAACUUAAGACUCUGAUCUCUGGAAUUAGAAUAUCUGUUUCCUUUUUGUGUAGAUAUUGGUAACAUUACUCUUUGACCAUAGGGUACACUCUGAAAUAUUUUCAAUGGAAAUUUGUUUCAUUAAUGCUGUCCCACCAGUUAGACAUAAUUCUUCAAGUUGUGAAUGAUACUGAUGCCAGCAGAGCUUCCAGUCCUUUCAGACUUAACUGCUACAUAAAUUAGUCUGUCAUAAUAAAACUUGGUAGUUUCUACAAGGUUAUUAUGACAAACCAGGAAUUAAUUCUAUAAUGGAAAACUAUCUGUUCUGAAUUAUCUGGAUAUAAUUAUUUGCUGCUGCUGAGCUCUAUGUAAAUUCUGAGUAUGAAAUUUCAAACUUUGCCUACUGAAGGUAUCUUCUGGAGUUUUGGGGGAGGAAGAAAACUGGAAAAUUCACUUUAAAUUGUAUUUUUGCCAGAAGACUCUUACUUGCAUGUAUGUCAGGGUUUCAGUUUUUCUAGAAGUCUCUAUAUCCAAAGUUCAGAAUUCAUGUGGAAUACUCCUUUGGGGUUAAAACCCUUCACUCCCAGUAUUUAUGGGGUUGGAAAUCUGUAGCAAGAUGCUGUUUAAAACUUACCAUGGGCUUUUCCUAUUUUAUACUUAGUUUUCUGGUAUUUGAACUUUUUUUUUCCUUUCAAGUUGGCUUCAAAUUUGCUCCUAUGCUACAUUACCUAUAGAUAUUCCGGAUAGGAACUAUUUCAAAUAGCAAUUUGUUAAAAAGAAAUGACAAAAUGAAAAUGCUCAAACUGAGCAAAGAUUUUUAAAUGCCAUGGCAGUCUUGCAAGAUUCACUUAACAUAUUUUAAAUGAUCAUUAUCAUUUUGCUGGUAAUGAUCCCCCACAUACAACCACUAUGAAGAAUUGACGCUGCGGUUUUUCCCGUUGUACCAAAAACAAAUAGUAAAAAUGAUCAAGGUAUUUUAUAUUGUCAAGGCAUGUGGAUUCUAAAGAAUGAAAUGCUAAUUCAGCAGCACUGGCUUUCUCACCUAUGUCAGUCUUGAAACCUUGUUCAUUUGCACCCAAUACUGUAAUGUUCAUACUUGUACAAUCUUCCCUAUCAUGACUUUAAGUUCUACUUUUCAUUAACCAUUACCUGAUAUUAGUUCAUAGAGCUUCUUGUGGCAAAAAUAAAAUGUUUUAAUUCUGA